AUGGUCCAGCCGGCUCCCUCCUCAGCCAUGGACGAGAUCACCUUCAAAAGUGACACUGUGCUGUCAGACGUCCACCUCUACACCCCGAAUCAGAGACACCUCAUGGUGCGGCUCAACGGCGUGGGGCAACCCGUUUUCCUUUCCCAGUUCAAGCUUCUGUGGAGCCAGGAGUCUGGGGCUGAGGGCGGAGACCACAGAGACUCUCACACAGAGGAGACUUCCCCAACUGAGGCAAGCCCCCCAGAAUCCCUUCCAGGGAGUGACCACAGCCCUGAAGGUUUCUCCCUCCAGACCUGCCAGGAGGGGGCAGGAGCCCAGCUGGACGAGGAUGGAGACCUGAAUGUAGUGAGAAGACCCCGGGCCACCUCUGACCCCGACCCGGCGAGGCCCUUGAGAGAGAAGGUGCACCCUGUGAUUCUGUCCCAGGAUGAGGGCGACAUCCCAGAAGACAGAACGCAAACAGGCAGUCUCUACGGCAUCAUCAGAAUAGAACACACCAUGGCCACCCCCCUGGAGGACGUUGGCAAGCAGGUGUGGCGGGGCGCUCUGCUCUUGGUAGACUACAUCCUGUUCCAACGGGAUUUCCUCCAGGGACGCACCGUGUUGGAGCUCGGGGCAGGCACUGGGCUCGCCAGCAUCGUCGCAGCCACCAUGGCCCAGACCGUGUACUGUACAGAUGUUGGGGCUGACCUCUUGGCCAUGUGCCAGCAAAACAUCACCCUCAACAGCCACCUGACUGCCGCUGGAGGUGGCUCAGUCAAGGUUAGAGAACUGGACUGGCGGGAAGAGGACCUAUGCACAGAUCCUGCAGUCCCCUUCUCCUGGUCACAAGAGGACAUCUCUGACCUGUACAACCACACCACUGUACUGCUUGCAGCAGAAGUGUUUUACGAUGAUGACCUAACAGACGCCCUGUUUCAGACUCUCUUCCGACUCACUCAGAAACUGGAGAAUGCCAGUACAGUCAUCUUGUCGGUGGAGAAGAGGCUGAACUUUACGCUGAGACACUUGGACGUGACGUGCGAGGCCUACGAUCACUUCCGUGCCUCCCUGCACGCCCUGGAGAAGCGGACCCCUGGCAAAGUGCGGUUCCAGGUGCAGCCGGUGGAAGCUUCCUUCCCACAGAACCUCGCCUACGAGCGCAUCCCACAGCUGGAGCUCUGGCGGAUCCUGGCGGAGCCCGUGCCAUGA